AUGAAGUUGACCCUCCUCUCUUCGAUUAUAUUGUUGCCCUUCACGCUUGCUCUCGCAAAGGGGGGCAACUCAAAACUUCUCAUCAAUCCUCCUGCUCAGCCAAGCCUCCCCUCCAUUAGUGAAGCUGAAUCAGCUGCAAAUGCGGUGGGGCUCAACCUAACCAACAUUCAAGGAGACAUCUUGAUUGGAAUGAAAAAGAAGAAGGAGUUGUUUUUCUUUUUCGGCAUCGUCGACGCGUUAGCGUUCAAGUCGAAUCUCAAAGCACAUAUCCUACCACUCGUCACGCCCAUACCGCCGCUGCUCCCCGGAGGAACCUCACCCACUACCGCUUUGAACAUUGCAUUCUCUCAAAACGGAUUCGAUGCUCUUAAUAUCACAGACAAUCUGGGUGACGCGCCGUUCGCUAAUGGUCAAUUCGUUGGGGCUAGUGGACUGGGGGAUCCAGGCACCGUCAAUUGGAUCCCCCCGUUCACAGGUAACAAGAUUCACGGUGUUAUCCUACUCGCCAGUGACACCAUCGACAACAUCAACAACACGCUCAUAGACCUCAAGUCGGGUCUCGGCCAGUCAAUCACGGAAAUUUACUCAUUACAAGGGGCGGCUCGACCACCCCCCGAAGAAGGUCAUGAGCAUUUCGGUUUCUUAGAUGGCAUCUCAAACCCUGCCGUUCAAGGCUUUCGAGACCCGUCUCCUGGUCAAGCUGUGGUUUCGCCUGGUGAAAUUCUUGUGGAAGAUAGUUCACGGCCUCCUUGGGCACAAGACGGCUCCUUCCUCGUCUUCCGCCAACUUGAGCAACUCGUUCCCGAAUUCAAUAAAUUUUUGGCCGACAAUCCGAUACGUGCUCCUGCUCUGACGACACAGCAGGGCUCUGAUCUGCUUGGGGCGCGCAUGGUUGGACGAUGGAAAAGCGGCGCUCCUACGUUCCUGUCCCCGUUAGUCGACGACCCAGUCCUCGGCAAUGACACGUCGCGAAACAAUGAUUUUACAUAUGCAGCACCAGGACAAAACCAGUCCGACCCUACCGAUCAGUCGCAUACACCUUUCUCAGCCCACAUCAGGAAGACACGGCCUAGAGCCGACCUUGGAUUACCUGAAAAGCCCAAGCACCAUAUCGUUCGCGGAGGUAUUCCGUACGGCCCUGAACAGUCAGAGGACGAAAUCAGAUCUAACACCACUAAAACUGAGCGUGGACUUGCAUUCGUUUGCUAUCAAUCGAGUAUUGCUGCUGGUUUCCAGUUUCUCCAACAAACAUGGGCGAAUAAUGUCAACUUCUCCAAAACUGAUACAGGUUUCGACCCCAUCAUCGGUGCUAACCGGGGUGCUCCGCGAGUUGUGAAUGGACUGGACCCUACCCUUCCCAGUCGCAGGUUCACCAUCAUGACGGACUUCAUUGUGUCUCGCGGUGGGGAAUAUUUCUUUUCUCCGUCGCUUUCUGCCCUCGCAACAACAUUCUCGGCAUGA